CGAUGAACAGAGAGCAACAAUCGCCCAUCCCUGAUAUCCCUUGUCAAUGUCGCAGGCAGAGUUUCUGUUGUUUUUUGUAAAUAUCAACAAGAUAUAGAAUGAGCGCGGAUGCAAGAAUUAAGGAGAUGGCGCCAUCACAGGACACCACCGUCCAGGACAAGGACGUAGAUGCCACCAACUCGAAUUCGCAGCCAAGUGCCAAGGAUUGGGUGAAUUUCUCCCAGUGGAUGCAUUGCUUCUGCGUGGUCACCUUCGAUUUGAAUCUUGGCCAGGCUCUGGAACAUGUCUAUCCGCCGGAGUUCAUGCCCAGCGACCAGGAGGUCAGCAACAUCUGCUACAUGGCCUUUCCGGACUCCAAUUCUGGCUGCAUGGGCGACACCAAGUUUCACAUGCGAUUGCGCUGCACAUCGCGGCGGGAAUCCUUGCCAGCCUACAAUGCGGAAUGUUCACCGGCCCUGCGCCAGGAUGGCUCCCACUAUUGGGGCUUCGUCUACUUCCGGCAGAAGCGGGAUGCCAAUCUGCCGCGUGGUUACUUCCAGAAGAGCUUCAUCAUCAUCACACGGCUGCCGUUCUUUAAUCUGUACUACGACAUACUCUCCCAGUUGGCACCUCGCUACUUUGAGGAGGGAACCGAGGUCCUACGACUGGCCAGUGAGCAAAUCAAUCGCCAAUGGCCCGGCCUGAGGGUGGGUAAUACCCUCCAGCUUCCCCUGCUCGAGUGUAGCUACCAAAUCAGCAUACCGCGCACCAGUAGCAGCAGGAAAUCCGCUGCAGAGGGCACAGCCAGCUCUGGGGAAUCUUCACCAGCCUUGGUUGCCUGUCCAGCGGCCAAGGUGCUCACCUCCGUCAACGAAAUCGAGCUCUUCCGCUCCCUGGACUUUGUCAUGGAGCAAUUAUAUACGCUGUGGGAGCUAGUGAUCACCGGCGAGCCCGUUGUGGUGGUGGGCACCUCACCCGCCGACUGCUCACACAUGGUUCAGACCCUCCUGGCAUUGAUUGCUCCCUUGGAGUACUGCGCGGAGGCCCGUCCCUACUUCACCAUCCACGACAGUGAGUUCCGGGAGUUCACGCAGGAGUGCACCAGCAAGACGACCCUGCCCGCCUGCAUUUUGGGCGUGACUAAUCCGUUCUUUGUCAAGCUGCUCAAGGAUUGGCCGCACAUGCUACGGCUGGUGGACAACCAGAAGAACAUGCAGCAGCAACAGCACUUGCUAAUGAGCCAAAAACAUGCGAGGAACAUUGCCUCGGCCACCUCUUUCUCCAGCUCAACGGAAUUUGUUGGAAGAUCCAUAAAAGCCAGCACUGGAUUGAACGGCAGCUCCAACAAUGGCUCGGGCGAUGCCUCAUCCUCGGGACUGCACAGCAAAUACAGGCCCUAUCUGAAAAAGGACAAGGCCCUGAUCAAGAAGGUGCUGCUGGGCAUGAAAACCAAGCGGCCGGAGCACGUGCAAACCGCUCUGAUACGUCGCCACCUGCUUGAGUUAACCCAGAGCUUUAUGAUACCACUGGAGCGGUACAUGGCGUCGCUGAUGCCGCUGCAAAAGGACAUCAGUCCGUUCAAGUCGGCCCCGAAUGCGAGCAGCUUUAAGCUGGACGACUUUCUGGCCACGCUGGAAACAGCCGGACCGCAGCUGACCUCCCCGCUCAAAGGGGACUGGAAGGGUCUGUACAGACGCUUCUUUCGAUCGCCCAAUUUCCGCGGAUGGUACGAGGCCCGGCAUCGGGAGCUGCAACUCACGCUCCAGGAUCUCCAGCUGCAGGCGCUGUCGGAGGCGAACCUGGAGCACUGGGCACACGACAAGCAGGAGGUGGAGAUCAUCGACAUGAUACUCAAGCUCAAGCAGAAACUGAAUCUCUAUGGGGAGAAGGCCACGCAGCUGGAGGGGAUCAAUGGCACCCAGCAGCAGAUACGCGCGCAAAUCGAGUGCAUGAAAGGCCUGCUGCCGCCCGAUCUCAAGAAUGUGGUGAAUCUCUGAUCCUAGCCGCAGAUGCCUAGCUAAAUCUUGUACUCCUCUCUUAUCGGCUGCUCCCUUUCCGCCCAAGGAUUCCCGUCUGACUGUUAUCCUUUGUAGUAGUUGUGUGCCUGCCUGCGAUGAGUGUGUUUUUGCGAUCCUUGGGAGGGGGUGCUCUUUAUCAUUGUAUAUAAGUUUUAUGCGGAGAUUAGUCGAUGUAUUCGUGUCUAGUUUAAUUGUAAAAUAAUCGAAAGCAAGCAAAGAGAAAACGGAACGAUGAAUGUUAGUCCAAGCCAAGUAUUAAUUGUAAUCGAUGCGAUAUAUUCGUUUCAUAUUUCCACAUCUAUUCGAAACGUUUAAAACUUCAUAGAUCCCCAAAACAAUGCUCAUGUCUUUGACUGUCUCAAAUAAGAAAACGUUACCUUUAAAAUGGUUCAACCUAUUCAAAAUACACGAAUUUGUGCAGCUAAAUUUUACAAUUACCUCGUUUGAGUUCAUAAAGUUAAGAGUUGGAAUCGCAAAAUUGUUUGAUUUGUUGAUUGUACAAGUAGAAAACCUUUCAAUUAAAACCAAAACUUGUGAGCUAAGCCUAAGCCUCCUUUUGAAUUUCUGAAAGUGAUGAUGGGUUGACCAAUGUGAUUUAAAGCCAGUUCUGUUUGACUUUUAUCUUGUUUCUUUUCAAAUCGUUGUAAAACUUUGUAUAUCGCAAAAAAAUAACUGUUUAAAUGUCUAUGACUGUCAAAU